AUGAAACGGACCCUGAACAUAAUCCUUCCAGACGAAUACAGGAUUUUGGCGUCUAACUGGGGCCGAAUACCCCAUAUUUCCACUGCUUUGAAUGGCUCUCAGGCUGUGCAGCGUUGCAUCAUUGGUACUUCAACCCUGCGAGCAGCCCACUUGUCAGACUAA